GAUCACUAUAAAAAGCGCCGAAUGGUGGUAUAUCUCUACCCUCAUUGUAACUUUACAAAUUUCGCUAAUCCCCAAUAUGACAUACAUCUCAAAUGAUCCUACUUGGUGGCCGUUCAUCGAUUGGACUCAUAUGAUGAGCUAUGUUUUAGGUUCGUAGAGAGCAAGUUGGGUGACGUUGGUGACACCUCGCUAUCAUUAAAUUGUGGUUUUUCAGUUGCAUCAUGCAUGGCGGUGGUAUAUGACUGGGUACUGUCAUUCGAACAAGAGCUCGAACUGGUCUGGAGGCAACGCUGGUCCCUCAUGACUGUCCUUUAUAUUUGUGUGCGUUACCUCGGUAUACUAUAUUGUGUCGUCGACGUACUGGGGAAUAUCUCAGUCUCGAUCACAGAUGCAGUAAGCAAUCUCCUUUACUUCACAUUGAUAUGGAUGCCUGUCGUCGUCAAUACCAUGCUGGGCGUCAUAAUGAUGACUCGGAUACACGCGAUGUAUCAGCAAUCCAGAAAGAUGCUCAUCUUUCUCGUUGUACUCUUGCUGGCUUCCACGAUCGCCAGUGGAGUUAUGUCAGUAAUGGAAGCCAUCGGCGCUUCAGGGGUGGAAGCCGUCCUUUCUGGCUACCAUAUGUGUCUUUCCAACAUUCCAGACACCGAAGAGAUAAAUCUGAGUCACGAAGUUUUCAUACCCACCACUGUAUGGGACAUGCUGGCCUUGAUUCUUGCAGUCUGGAUUGUUGUAAAACACGUCUAUGAAUUGCGACAAUCGUCGACAAGAUUUACCUUUGCAGACUGUUUCAUGGUGUUAAUCCAAAGUCACGUGCUGUACUUUGUAGCUGUUGUUACUGUAUCUUGCCUCAACCUCAGCUUACUGUCUCCAUAUAUCCUUUACUCAGCAUCUGUAGGAAGUGAUAUUGACACUUUCAUUCUCCACAUUGCCAAGGUCGUGCAGAUGUUUGUGUUGGGACCACGUCUCAUCCUCAGCGUUCGCGAAUAUUACGCUAAGCUCGUAACCCGCUCUGAUGAAGGAACUGGCGUGACUACGAUCGCUUUCCAGGAGCGCGGACAGGUGUCAACUGGCGGUGAUGUGUAGCUCGGGAAAUGAUUAGCCACUGGUACUGUGCAGGGAGCGUGUACAUUUUAUCUGGUGUUUCGUUGUAGUAUUAUUUUGUGUUUUCUCGUGGAACCUAUUUAUAUAGUGCUUCGUCGUAUUUAUGUGUAGAAUUUGAUGUGGGCAAACCAUGUUGUAUCGCU